UUUCUCUACCAACUCUCGCGAGAAUUGUCUUCCCGGAAGUUCCACGUCAGUGUGCGUUUGUGUUCACUGAAAUCCCAACAUUUGGCUCUCGACACACGAUUAUCUGAUUUUGCUUCGACAAACAGUGAUUAAAAAUGCCGCUGAGGCUUGACAUUAAGCGGAGGUUGACAGCCAGAUCUGACCGUGUGAAGAGUGUGGACCUUCAUCCAACCGAGCCAUGGAUGUUAGCCAGUCUGUACAACGGCAGCGUCUGUGUGUGGAACCACGAAACACAGACACUGGUGAAGACGUUUGAAGUGUGUGACCUCCCUGUCAGAGCGUCCAAAUUUGUGGCCAGGAAGAACUGGGUCAUCACAGGAGCAGAUGACAUGCAGAUCCGUGUGUUCAACUACAACACCUUGGAGCGUGUUCACAUGUUUGAGGCCCACUCUGACUACAUCCGUUGCAUCGCUGUGCACCCCACUCAGCCCUACAUCCUCACCAGCAGCGAUGAUAUGUUAAUCAAGCUGUGGGACUGGGACAAGAAGUGGUCCUGCAGCCAGGUUUUUGAGGGUCACACACACUAUGUCAUGCAGAUUGUCAUCAACCCCAAGGACAAUAAUCAGUUUGCCAGUGCCUCCCUUGACAGGACUAUCAAGGUAUGGCAGCUGGGCUCCUCAUCUCCCAACUUCACUUUGGAAGGCCAUGAGAAAGGCGUCAAUUGCAUCGACUAUUACAGUGGAGGAGACAAGCCCUACCUGAUUUCAGGCGCUGAUGACCGCCAGGUCAAAAUAUGGGACUACCAGAACAAGACCUGCGUUCAAACUCUGGAGGGUCAUGCCCAAAACGUCUCAUGUGUGAGCUUCCACCCGGAACUUCCAAUAAUAAUCACCGGGUCCGAAGAUGGUACGGUUCGUAUCUGGCACUCGAGCACCUACCGCCUGGAAAGCACCCUCAACUAUGGCAUGGAGAGAGUGUGGUGUGUGUGCGGUCUCAGGGGCUCCAACAAUGUCGCGCUGGGUUAUGAUGAAGGAAGUAUCAUUAUCAAAGUGGGGCGUGAGGAGCCGGCCAUGUCAAUGGACACCAGUGGCAAAAUAAUUUGGGCCAAGCACAGUGAAAUACAGCAGGCCAAUUUGAAGGCAAUGGGUGACACAGAGAUCAAAGAUGGGGAGCGGCUCCCGCUGGCCGUGAAAGACAUGGGCAGCUGUGAAAUAUAUCCUCAAACUAUCCAGCAUAACCCCAAUGGGAGGUUUGUUGUGGUGUGCGGCGAUGGAGAAUACAUCAUCUAUACUGCCAUGGCUCUGAGGAACAAGAGCUUUGGCUCAGCACAGGAGUUCGCUUGGGCACAUGACUCAUCUGAAUAUGCCAUCAGAGAAAGCAACAGCGUUGUCAAAAUUUUCAAAAACUUCAAAGAAAAGAAAUCCUUUAAGCCUGACUUUGGAGCUGAGGGUAUCUACGGUGGUUUCUUACUCGGGGUGAGGUCAGUGAAUGGUCUGGCGUUUUAUGAUUGGGAGAACACUGAGCUGAUCCGCCGCAUUGAAAUCCAACCAAAACAUAUCUUCUGGUCUGACUCUGGCGAGCUGGUCUGCAUCGCUACAGAAGAGUCUUUCUUCAUCCUUCGUUACAUGGCCGAUAAAGUAGCUGCCUCACAAGAGAACAAUGAAGGAGUGACGGAGGAUGGAAUUGAGGAUGCUUUUGAGGUCCAGGGAGAAAUCCAGGAGAUCGUGAAGACUGGCCUUUGGGUUGGUGACUGCUUCAUCUACACCAGCUCGGUGAACAGACUUAAUUACUUUGUAGGAGGAGAGAUCGUCACUAUUGCUCACUUGGACAGAACCAUGUAUUUACUGGGCUACAUCCCCAAAGAUGACCGACUGUACCUGGGAGACAAGGAGCUCAACAUUGUCAGCUACUCCCUCCUAGUCUCGGUUCUGGAGUAUCAAACAGCUGUCAUGAGGAGGGACUUUGGGAUGGCCGACAAGGUGCUUCCCACAAUUCCUAAAGAGCAACGAACCAGAGUGGCCCAUUUCCUGGAAAAACAGGGUUUCAAGCAGCAGGCGUUAGCUGUGUCCACAGACCCGGAGCAUAGGUUUGAGCUGGCCUUGCAGCUGGGAGAAUUGAAGAUUGCCUACCAGCUGGCUGUAGAAGCCGAGUCGGAGCAAAAAUGGAAGCAGUUGGCAGAGCUGGCUAUUAGUAAGUGUCAGUUUGGCCUGGCCCAGGAGUGUCUGCAUCAUGCACAGGAUUACGGUGGCCUACUCCUCCUCGCCACUGCCUCGGGUAAUGCGCCAAUGGUGGGCAAGCUGGCCGAGGGUGCAGAAAGAGACGGCAAGAACAACGUGGCCUUCAUGACCUACUUCCUGCAGGGGAAACUGGAUCAGUGUUUGGAGCUUUUGAUCCGAACCAACCGCCUACCUGAAGCUGCAUUCCUGGCUCGCACAUACCUGCCCAGCCAGGUGUCCCGGGUGGUCAAACUGUGGAGGGAAAAUUUGUCCAAGGUUAACCAGAAGGCUGCUGAAUCCUUAGCAGAUCCUACAGAAUAUGAAAACCUGUUUCCUGGUCUGAAAGAAGCAUUUGCAGCUGAGGAUUACCUCAGAGAAAAUUGCUCAGGUUCCACCAGGCCUGCCACAGACUACCCCCUGGUCACUCUAAACGAAGACAGGAAUAUUCUAGAGGAGGCUCAAGGAUACAAUCCCAAAGGGAUUUUCGGAGUUUCUGCUCUCGAGACAGAGGAAUGCGAAGAGUCUCCUUUAGCGUCAGCCCCUGCAAUUGCACCGGAGUCUGCAGUCAUGCCUUUAGAGCCUGAACCUGUUCCUCCUCAGUCUCAGGAGGAAACCCCAAACUUCUCCCAGUCAGAAAAAGAUAAGGUUCUAGAAGAUCUGGAAAUUGACCUUGACAAUUUGGAGGUAGAUGACAUCGACACCAGUGAUGUUAACCUGGAUGAUGACUUUCUCGAGGACUAGAGAUAUUCCACCAAUCCUGCGGUCGACCACCUCGGAGCUUAUUUAAACGCAGAGACCAAACACCCGUGCUCCCUUUUUGUACUUAAAAAUAUUGUAUUGUCCACAAGCAGAUUGAAAUAGAUGAACAUGAUCUCAUUUAAUCCUCAGAGGAAUAGUAGACAUCAUGUCUGCCGGUAUUUCAGACUUCAUUUUGUACACCAUUUAUUGACUGUUGGAGAUCAUUUCAUUUUAUUACAUUGACCCAUAAUAUGUUUAUUUUUGCUUUGGCUAAGAUGAAUAUUGUUGCGCAUUCGGUCCAAUAAACUGCGGUUGCUGUA